CAUCAAGAGAGAGAGAGAGAGCAUCAAUGGAGAAAAAGGGAAUAUACAGUUUGGUGUUAAUGGUAGUCUUUAUGGUGGGGAUGGGCUCGGAUGGCAUCCUCGUGGCUACUGCGAAAGAUGAAGAAUACGCUCGCGUUAUCUCUCCAAAAGAGUGGGAUAAGCUCGUGCUCAAGUCCAAACUUCCCGUAAUAGUUCUGUACACGACCAUACCAUGCACCAAAUCCUCAGAUAAACGUUAUAUCCAGACGUGCAGAGUGAACCAGAACGAUUUGAACAGAUUGGCCAAGGAUUUGAAGGGGGUGACUAAUGUGUAUAAAAUAGACAUUGAUGACUAUCCAUUGUUCAAACCAACGGCUAUUAAGUACGGGAUGAAUGGCAAGGAGAGCGGCGCAUUCAUUAAUGGUGGCAAGCUAGAGGGCAAUUGGACGUCUUAGCCCAAGUCAGAACAAUUAUACUCAUUCCUUUUGCAUAGUACAUAGGUUUGUUAGUUUUAUAAACUAACUAUGUGUUACUGUUAGUUUAUAAAUCUGCAUUGCUAUGUGUUUGUUAGUUUUACCUUUCUUUAUUUUAUAUGUAUCUCAAUAAUAUGUAGGUUUUGUGUGUUUUGGUUGUUUCCUCCCUACCUAGUUAUGUACUCCGUUAAUGUUUUACACUGG